CACAAGUGUCCCGAUGUCACAGCGCCCAGAGGAGCUCGAGCCGACUGAGUCUCCACGGUUCUCAUGUUGUGUUUAUGGGCCGCCUCCUGAUCGGGAUUCUUUACACUCUGACUCUAGUAUCGUGAGGAGGAAGCUACUUUGACAAAAUGGCAGAAGAAGCUCCAGCUCCAGCUCCAGCCAAAGCCGCAAAAAAGAAGGCCACCAAGCCCAAGAAGAGCGGCCCCAGCGUGGGCGAGCUGAUCGUUAAAGCCGUAUCCGAGUCCAAGGAGCGGACCGGCGUGUCCAUUGUCGCCCUGAAGAAGGCUCUGGCUGCCGGAGGCUACGACGUAGAGAAGAACAAUUCUCGGGUCAAGAUCGCUAUCAAGAACCUAGUCAGUAAAGAAAUCCUGAUCCAGACCAAGGGAACCGGCGCGUCCGGCUCCUUCAAGAUCAACAAGAAGACCGACACCAAGCCCAAGAAGACAGCGGCCAAGAAGCCUGCUCCCGCAGCCAAGAAGCCCGCAGCCGCUAAGAAGCCCAAAGCAGCGGCAGCAAAGAAGCCGGUGGUCGCUAAGAAGUCCCCGAAGAAGGCGAAGAAGCCCGCAGCGGCCAAGAAGGCGGCCAAGAGCCCGAAGAAGACGGCAAAGAGCCCGAAGAAGACGGCAAAGAGCCCCAAGAAGGCAGCAAAAAGCCCCAAGAAGGUGGUGAAGAAGGCCGCUGCUGCCAAGAAGGCUCCGGCCAAGAAGGCAGCGAAGCCCAAAGCCAAGAAGACCGCGGCCAAGAAGAAGUGAGCGGCUCGGUCCACAACGGUUCUGACACAAAGGCUCUUUUCAGAGCCAACACUUCAACUGGAGAGCAAAUCCUGUUCAACAGCGGGAAGACGCAGUAAAGCAGAGUGUGUUGUGACUUUAUUACUUUUACUGCAUUAAGUUUCACAACAUACAAGCACAUCCAUCAUCACACAAAAAUGGAAAAUCACAAUAAUAACUGAUAACAAAGGAAGCAGCAACACCGUCAUAAUUACUGGCCUACUACACACUUUCACUAUAGAGAGGGGAUUUAUUUCUGUCUUCUCCCUAUCUUUGCACUGUGUAAUGUUUGUUUUAGUAACGUGUUACUUUUUUUCUAAAGUAGCGAUGAGUUCCAGAUGUUCUGGUGACCAUUUCUCUUCCAGUGUCUCAUACAUUAUGAACAUGAUGAUGACGAUCCACAGUAAAUUUCUUGUAUUCCCAUUUCCUACAAAGUACAUCUGAGUCAUUUUAGAGCAUUUGGCAUCGCGUUAAACACUUAAUGAUUUCGAAAAAUGUCAAACACAAUGAAAUAUGAAAAAUGUUCUCCUGUAACUGACCAAAGCCUUGUCCUGUUGCAUUCAAGGAAAUAUAAAUUAAUAAAAAACUAAA